AUGCAGGCCACGCUGCUCAGCCUCCUGGGGCUGGCCCUGUUUGGUGCUCUCCAUGGGCAGGAGGAAGUCACCGUACAACCCAACUUUCAGCAGGAGAAGUUCACAGGGAAGUGGUAUAGCAUCGGCCUGGCCUCCAGCUCCAGGUGGUUCAUGGAGAAGAAGCAGGUGCUGAAGAUGUGCACCACGGUCGCCAUGUCCGCAGCAGAUGGGAACCUGAAUGUCACCUCCACCUACCCCAAGUUUGAUCGGUGCGAGAAGAGGAACAGCCUUUUCAUCAAGACAGAGCAGCCAGGCCGAUACAGCUACACCAGCCCACGCUGGGGCAGCCAGCACGACAUCCGUGUGGUGGAGACCAACUACGACGAGUAUGCCCUGCUGUACACCAAGAAGAUCAAGGGCACCGACACCUCCACCAUGGUGACUCUGUACGGCAGAACUAUGGAGCUGAACCCCGAACUACAGGAGAAGUUCACCCAGUUCUCCUUGGCGCAGGGGCUCCCAGAGGACGCUAUUCUCCUGCUGCCAAAAACUGACAAAUGCAUGACGGAUGCUGCAUAG